CAGGCAAAGCACAGAGGACCGGUGGCGCGCGCUCUCAGACUCCCUCUCAGCCGCACACACACACACUCCCCAAACAAAGAGAAGCACGCGAGGCAGCACAGAGCAUCCCACCCUUUCGAGCUCACUAACAGAACCGCCCCCCCCCCGAAAACGACCCCCCCUCCAAGACAGAACCGGUCCGGACCGAGGCUCGAGCUCACAGAGAAACACAAUGACAACUAACGGCGCCACUAACGGAACCAGCGACAUGCUGCAGAUCCAGUUCGGUUUGAUCAACUGCGGGAACAAAUACCUCACGGCGGAGACCUUCGGCUUUAAAAUCAACGCCUCCGCCACGAGCAUGAAGAAGAAGCAGAUCUGGACCCUGGAGCAGAGCGGGGACGAGUCCAACGGGAACGUGUUCUGCCUCAAGUCACAUCUGGGCCGGUACAUCGCCGCCGAUAAGGACGGGAACGUCACCGGAGACAGUGAGACCCCCGGCCCGGAGUGCAGGUUCAUCAUCACCGCCCACGAUGACGGCCGCUGGUCCCUGCAGUCCGAGCAGCACGGCCGCUACCUGGGCGGCACCGAGGACCGGAUCAUCUGCUUCGCCCAGACCGCCUCUGUGGCGGAGAAAUGGAGCGUGCACAUCGCCAUGCAUCCGCAGGUCAACAUCUUCAGCCUGACGCGCAAGCGGUACGCUCACCUGAGCUCCAAGGUGGACGAGAUCGCCAUCGACCGGGACGUCCCGUGGGGGGUGGACUCCAUGAUCACGCUGGUGUUCCGCGAGCAGCGCUACCACCUGCAGACCUCCGACAACCGGUUCCUGAGGAACGAUGGCGCGCUGGUCGCCACCACAGACAAGAGCACGGGCUACACGCUGGAGUUCCGCUCCGGUAAGGUGGCGUUCAGAGACUGUAGCGGCAGGUACCUGGCGCCCUCUGGGCCCUCCGGUACCAUGAAGUCCGGUAAGAGCGCGCGCGUGGGGAAGGAUGAGCUGUUCGUGCUGGAGCAGAGCCACCCGCAGGUCGUGCUCACCGCAGCCAACGAGAGGAACGUCUCCACCCGGCAAGGUAUGGACUUGUCAGCCAAUCAGGAUGAGGAAGGCGACCAGGAGGUGUUCCAGGUGGAAAUUUGCCGUGAAAACAGGAAGUGUGCAUUCCGGACUGCGGCUGGGAAAUACUGGACCCUGACUGCCAACGGGGGCCUGCAGUGCACCGCCUCCUCCAAGUCAACUAAUUGUUACUUUGACAUCGAGUGGCGUGGGAAGAGGCUGACUCUCCGGGCUGCGAACGGGAAAUAUGUCGCCGCCAAGAAAAACGGCCAGCUAGCAGCAACCAUCGAUUCUGCUGGUGAGUCUGAGGAGUUCCUCAUGAAGCUGAUUAACCGCCCAAUCAUUGUCCUGCGCGGUGAGCAUGGCUUCAUCGGCUGCAGGAAGGUGACGGGGACGCUGGACUCCAACCGCUCCUCCUACGACUACUUCACCUUAGAGUUCAGAGACGGAGCUUACAGCCUGCAAGACUCCACAGGGAAAUACUGGAUGGUUGGAAACGAGCAGUCUGUUGUCAGCAGCAGCGACACGCCCGUCGACUUCCUCUUCGAGUUCUGCGACUACAACAAGCUCGCCGUUCGCCACGCCGCCGACAACAAGUACCUCCGCGGCGACCACGCCGGCGUGCUCAAAGCCAACGCUGACGAACUGGAGAGUGCCACGCUCUGGGAGUACUAAGGGAGGCAGCACCACCCAUCCUUACAUCUACCUAUCCCUCCACCCCCUCCCUGUCCAUUCCUUAUAUUAUAUCUGUACUUUAUAUGUUGAUGAACUGCACAGAGAGAACAGGAAGGAUAGAAGAAGAAGGAAGGAGACACUUCUUUCUCUCCUGCCUCCCUUUAUCCUUCCUUCCUCCCUUUAUCUGUUGCCAUAGUUAUCGCGGGGCUGUGCACUUUUUUUUCUGCUCCGAUCUGGUUCGCUGCUCGACCUGUCACUCACUCACUCUCUCCUCGCCUUACGAAAUGGGCCGCCCCUCUCCCAGAGCAGAGCAGAGCCACGUUUAAAGAGCCCCCUCCCCUCCUUUAUGUCUCUCUUUUGUCUGUGUGAGCAGCUCAUGGUGGCAGUAUUAACGGUCUCCGACCCAGUCUGCUGGAUCUGUUUCUACCUGAUCUAAUCCCACCAGAAACAGCAUCCACCUCCGGAUUUAUCCUGCUGCAGCUGCUUCCUGUCAGACGGAGGAAGCGUUUCUGUUUUUUGGUCAUCUGGAUCAGGUAGAAACAGAUUCUCUGCUGUUUGUUUUCCUGAGCGGGCCUCGUUGCCUUUGUGUGAUGACUUUGUGAUAUAACUGGAGUUUAUCUGAUGAUGAUAAAGAUGUAACUGAUGGGUUUAACCUCCUUUCUCUCUCCUCUUUCCCCCUUUUUCAUCUCAAAUGUAAAUGACUCAAAUGUAAAACCUGUUUCCUGUAGAUGUGUUCUCAUUGGUUGGCAAGAAACUGGAAGUAGGAAGUUAAAACAUUUGUCCUUAUCCCCUCCAUUGUCCCCCUUCCUAUUGUCCUGAGAACACUAUGAGGGAAAAUAAAAAUAGAAAAGGUGCAGACACAAACUUAAACUGCACAUACCCGUCGUACUGGAAGAAAAAAACACUCGCUGACACUCGUUUGGAUUAAUUUUUUCUAUGUCCAAGGCACAGACAUUAUCAUGAGGAGGCAUACAGUAAGUAGAUAUAGCUGAAAUGAUUUAUAGACCUUUUGAAAGCUGCUUUUUAACUCCUUCGACCAAACGUUUACACCUCCGCCUUUAUCUAGACCAAACCUUUGAGACUGGAUAGCAAACUGUCAUCAUCUCACACACAUAAAACCGGCCAAACUGGAACCUGGUGCUACUAACUCCUAUGAUAACUAGUGAUGUGGUAAAUGUUACCGUCCUGACCCUCACAUUGUGGUUCACUGUCCACUUCAGAUUGCCCCUUAAUCGCCUAAACCUGCUUCUUCUUCUUUGGUUUUAAUUUUUGUCUGAACUUUUAAAGAUAUGAAAGCCUUCACAAAGAAAUGUGAAAAAAAUGUUUUGUUUGAAUUUCUUUCCCUGAUGUGUCAAAGUUGUGACAUUUAAAAGAAAAAGAAGCAGACUUUGAAUUUGUCUCAUGCAGUCAUGUAGCACAUCGCACCCAUAGGUCCCUACUCUCUAACUCACAAUUCAGCUUCUGUUCACUUAUCUUUACAGCAAAGCUAAGAUUAUCUUGGCUUCAGGCCUUACUAAUAAGGCCAUUUCCAUCCUCAUCAAGCGUUCCUCUGAUGUGAGAAUCAGAAUGGAAAAGCAAUCAUUGUAGCUCGAUGAAAUGAUACAUGAUUGUAGCCAGCGAAAGUCCGUCCAGUAUCCUCUCUGAACAUUUCUGCAUGAAGGGUUGAGAAGCUCAAACUAUUAAAAAAAAGAUCCUUGGAGGAGAAAACAGCAUCUCCACCGUAACAAAGACCGAUGCUUAGACAAACGGAUGUGGAAGGGUAAACAUGUGGUAAUGACUGUGCCUUACUCACAAGUUUAUGGGCAGAAGGAAAAUGGAAAAAAAGAAAUCCACAUCUUUGCUUUGUAUAACUGGAACUUCUUUUUGUAUUAUUAUUUUGUAUAAUUUUUUGAUAUUGUGGAUUAAUCUCUCUCGUGCCAUUGGUUAACCUGAAAUCCAACGACCAAUAAAACUGGGAUUUGGAACGCAA